CUAUUUGCUCUAUUUUUCUUUUAGUUGCUACUGCUUGCUAGUUCUCUUUUUUAGUAAGUAAAACGACGUGUCGUUUUCAAAAUCCCAACAAUAAAAAAAAGGCAGUUGUACUUUGUCGUUGUGGGUUGGUAAUUCCGGUCAUCCUAGCUUCCCUCCCACGACUCUGCAACUAAAGCUCCAUGACUCGCACCGUAACCUCACCGAGACCCCAAGCGCACGAAGCCCUAGUCCUCAAAUCUGCCAUAGCCUCAAGGCUCCUCCUUCUCACCUUAAUUGUCUUAUGGCGAAGCCUUCUCAGCCCCUACGACACCUCCGCGCCUCUAAAUCCGAAUUGCUUAUCAAACAUCACCUCACCGCAUCAUGCUCCAGAGGAACACCUUCUUUGGCCUUCCAUGGCGUCCGCAAUCGAAUCCAGUAUUGUCUGGGACGCCGUGUACUUCGUUCGCAUCGCCCAGUGUGGCUAUGAAUACGAGCAAUUAUACGCCUUCUUUCCCCUCCUUCCCAUUUGCAUCUCUGUCUUGUCAAGGACAGUGUUUGCUCCAUUGGUUCCAGUUAUUGGUGAAAGAGCUGUUUUGGUUUUAUCAGGCUAUGUGAUCAAUAACAUUGCCUUUGUGUUUGCAGCGGUUUAUUUAUAUUGGCUUUCAGUUACUGUUUUGAAGGAUCGUGAUGCAGCCCUUAGAGCUUCCCUCUUGUUUUGCUUCAAUCCAGCUUCAAUAUUUUAUUCCUCCAUAUAUACGGAGAGUAUGUAUGCUUUAUUUUCAAUUGGAGGAUUGUAUCACUUAGUAUCCAGAAACAACAAAAUUGCCGUUCCUUGGCUUGCUCUCUCUGGAUUUGCUCGGUCUAAUGGAGUAAUUAAUGCUGGUUAUAUCUGCUUUCAAACCUUGCAUCAGGCAUGUGAUUCUAUACUGAGAAAGAAGGCUUUUCUGACCAUGAAGGUUCUUGCUGGUGGAGCUUUGCAUUGUAUAUUUAUUUUUACCCCGUUUCUUGCAUUUCAAGUGUAUGGAUACAACAAUAUCUGCCUGGGACAUUCUCCAGAUAAUAUGAGACCAUGGUGCAAAGCAAAGGUGCCUUUGUUAUACAACUAUAUUCAAAGUCAUUACUGGGGAGUAGGCUUCUUGCGAUACUUUCAAUUUAAACAGUUGCCAAAUUUUCUACUUGCAUCCCCAAUUUUAUCUCUUGCACUUUGCUCAAUAGUGCAUUAUGUAAAGUCGGAGCCUGAGAAGUUUUUCUCUUUGGGUUUUCAUGCUUCUACCAAAGAUAAGAAUUAUGGAGCUGUUCUUUUCAUUCCUGGGGCAGGUCUGAGAGCAAACAUCACUCACACUACCGAGAAAACUUCUUCUAAGAUUCAGGAGAAAAGCAAUCUUAGACCAAAGAAGCCAAGGAUUAAAGAAGAGGUUCCUGCUGUGCUCUCUGAAUUCUCAGACAAAGUAGGAUACCAGUCAGUGUUUGUUCUUCCGUUUAUUAUGCAUUUGGGAUUUCUGGCAGCGACAGCAUUUUUUGUCAUGCAUGUGCAGGUUGCUACUCGUUUCUUAUCGUCUAGCCCUCCCCUUUAUUGGUUUGCUUCACACAUAAUGAAAUCUCAUAGUAAUCGGAGAUUGGGAUAUAUGAUCUGGGCAUACUCUGCAGCCUACAUUCUUCUCGGAAGUUUGCUCUUUUCUAACUUCUACCCUUUUACGUGAACUCUCACAGUACUAUCACCUCCUUAGAGCUUCUCUUUUGAAGGGUUAGGCUUACUGAAGAUCUAACUUCCCUUAAUGGCUUCUCCAAGGAGACUCAUUUGGUUGGUUCUGGUAAGUACUCACUGAAGAUGUAACUUGUCUCAAACCUAAAUUCUUGUCACAAUGGCUACCAAUUCUUAUAUAUGUCAGUGUAUAUUUUUUUGUUAGCUAUGAGUAGAGUUCAAUGUGGCUUGUCUUGAGCAAGUUUUGUUUUUGUGCCAACCAAAUUGAUUGAAGGAUUUUUUUAUUCUAUUAGGGAAUUUGUUGAAUAUAAACAAUUUUUUUUUUU